GCAUAAAGGCUUGUUCUGCCUUGUUGCAUGUUUGCUGUAAUAAUAUUUCCCCUUUAAGGCUUGGCUGAAGUUAUUUUUAUUUUUUUUCUCUUUUGGCGGGGUGGUGACAGGAACUGAGAGAGGCAGCAGCAGAUCUUACCUGAUCUCAGCAUCUGCGAGAGGUGGUGGUGGCGGAGGCAAGAGAGAAAGAGGCAAGUUGCUGCAGAGAAAGUGUGAGAGAAAUGGGAAGGACUUGAAACUUAGGGAGGAGAAGGAGGUGGAGAAACACACUGAAGAUUGUGAGGGAAGGAUAUCGGAAGAAAGGGAAACAAGAGGAAAUCAGUGAGGGUUGAGGAGGAGGAGGAGGAAGUAGAAAUGGGAAGAGAAGGGUGAAGUCAGAGAGAGAGAGAGAGAGAGAAUAAAAUAAGACCAGAGAAUGACAAGGAAGUGACAGGAAUAAGCCUGCUGACAGGAGGAGGAGGAGGAGGAGGAGAGAGAAUCAUCGAUGGCAACAAGUGCAAGUGGCUUGUGCUGAAGAGGAGGAGGGAAAGAACACCCAGCUGGUUUUUGGUCGUUGUGGUGGGACUGCGUUAUCUUUCCCUCAAGAUGAUGAAGAGACAGUUCAAUCGGAUGCGGCAGCAGCUCAGUCACCCCAGCAUUGGCGGAAGGUAAGGAGGACUAGCUCCUUGGCUUGAUCAUUGACAGGACCCACCCUUUAGGCAGUGUACAGGUUAGGCCCUCUGGACUUUGCACAAGAACCUGAGUGGGCCAGAUGAAAACUCAUAAGUUGGGCUCACAUGGUGCCUUACUGGGCAGUAGCUGCUUCUGAAAACUUGACUGCUGGAGAGCUCUGAGUGCGUGGAGACAUGCUUGCUCGUCUCUAGUCCCAGCACCACCAGGUGCUAAUUCUAACUCUUACCCCCUCCUUUCCUGAAUUCAGUUUAUCAAGGAGUUUACUUCGCAGACUAGAGGCCACUAUCUGGAACCAUUGUUGGUGUGUGUGUGUGUGUGUGUGUGUGUGUGUGUGUGUGUAGAGAGAGAGAGUUCAAUAACUUUUGGGUUUUUCCUUAAAAAAGCUCAACCCUACCCUUGCCUGAAUCUUCCUUUGUCAGGGAUGGAGAACCAUCUUCUCUUAAUACUAUUGGGCUCCAGCUCCUACCAACCCCAGCCAGCAUGGCCCAAAGGUCAGGGAACUAUGGGAACUGUAGUCCAGCAUCUGCGGGGAGGAGGCACAGGUUCCCUAUAAGGCUGCCUACAGACUCUACCUUUAGAACUCAUUCAAAGCACAUGUGAUUCCAUCAAAAAAUUCUGGGCACUGCAUUUUUGGAAAGCUGGAAUUCCCAGCAACCCUCAACAAACUGCAGUGCUCAGAAUUCUUUGAGGCAGGGAAAUGUGUUUUGAACGUGCCUUAAAGUGAGUACACAGCCAAAGUAAAGGGCCACCACUUUCACAAGCAGUGGGCCACCAGUGGCAGGAUAGAUGAGCAUAUAACUAGUGACCAGGCCACUCAACAAACUGUGCCUGUGACCACUUAAAAAUCAUAAUGGGACUAAGGAACCAGAACAUGAGAGCCCAGGUGGUGAUGCCCAGGUGAGACUCCAACCCCUCACCCCAAAGCAUCAAAUGCUAUGGAACUGAGGCCCCAGGUACGUGUUCAGGGUCAGUCAACAAUCCAGCCUCUCCUGCUUUUAUUCUCUGCUGCAUCACCCUACCAUCCACAUGCACCCCUCUGGCAGGCAUAUUUGUCUGUAUCUUCUUGCCAAGUGGUAAAGAGAACUUGACCAUGGAACAGGAUUAUCAGGGAAAUUUAUGGCCCUAGACUAGUCUUCCCCACCCUGGUGUCCUCCAGAUGUUCUGAACUGCCACUCCCAUCCGCCCCAGCCAGCAUGUGGAACAAGUGCUAUGUCCCUGAGAUCAGAGGGUACUGUGUGUACUCCGCAAGGUGUGCUUAUUUCUGAGGCAAAUGGGCGCAAGGAAGCUAUGUAAGGCACUAGAGCACUGGACUUCAGCUGGGGGGUGAGAUCUGAGUUCUCAGCCACAUUUGCCCCUUGGGUGACCUUGGGCCACUCAUACAUACUCACGCCUAACCUGCUGCACAGAGAAUAAAGUGAGGUAAUCCACAUCCAUGAAUGCCAUGCUCAACUCACCAGAGGAAGGGUGGAGUACAAAUGUGAAGAAAAAUAGUAACAGCCAUCUUCACUGGUGCAACUCAGCAAGCCCUCUGGGUUUUGUUUUCUUGUUUCUUGGAUUUUUUUAAAGUGUUUUUUUAGAUUAUCCAGAUACUUCUAACCCUAUUUUUACAUUACAUGCAGCUCUAGGCUCUUUUGGUUGGGAAGAAGGGCAGGAUAUAAAUUUAAUAUACAAACAUAUUCUUUUCAAUGAAAUCUGAGGUUCUCGGAUGGGUUCUGCUCUUGUGUGGAAUUCCAGCAAUUCAUAUAUCCCUGUCUAUGAGAAAGAAGCAGAGAGCUGUAGGGAUUUGCUUUUUAGCAACUCCCUCAGGCCAUUAAGUACCUGGUGUCAAUGGAAGGCCCGUGUCUUCCAUUUUGCUUUGUGGUGUUGGAUAUCAAGUAUAUCUCGGGGUGGGGAUCUGUAGAUAUGAAGCCUUUGGACCAGGCUGCACCAGGUAGUAACUGCUCCAACCAUCCAACGUCCCAUAAUGAUAAUUUUACUAUUUAUACCCCACACAUCUUACUAGGUUGCCCCAGCCACUCUAGCCAGCUUCCAGCAUAUAUAAAAACAGAAUAAAACAUUAAACAUUUAAAAACUUCCCUAUACAGGAUUGCCUUAUGACAGCUUGCAACCUUCCAACAUUUCUCCAAUGAAAAUAGGCACAUCUUAAGGAAGAGUGUCUGCAAGCCUCGCGCGCCCGGCGGGAGGUCCCGCUGGGUGCGCGAGGCUUGGGGCGGCAGCCUGUCGCCCGAAGCACAGGGAGCCCUCCGGAGGGCUCCCCGUGCUGUGGGCGAGUGUCUGCAAGCCGUGCGCGCCCGGCGGGAGGUCCCGCCGGGUGCGCGAGGCUUGGGGCGGCAGCCUGUCGCCCGAAGCACAGGGAGCCCUCCGGAGGGCUCCCCGUGCUUUGGGCGAGUGUCUGCAAGCCUCGCGCGCCCGGUGGGAGGUCCCGCCGAGCGCGCGAGGCUUGGGGCGGCAGCCUGCAGCCUGAAACACGCGGAGCCCUCCGGAGGGUGCCCCGUGCUUUGGGCAGGUGUGCACAAGGCUUGGGGCGGCAGCCGCGGCGGGGGGGGAUAAUUUUUUUUUAUUCAUUUCCCCCCCCCAAAAAAACGAGGUGCAUCCUAUGGUCCGGUGCGCCCUAUAGGACGAAAAAUACGGUACAUACAUACAUGCAUAGCUAUUGCAGAUACCUUAAUCAAACAUGUUGAGCUUUUCAUGAUCUGUAAAUAACAUUAAAAAAAAUAGUAUUGGCUUGAUCAGGUAUGGCUAACAUGUCUCCCUCCAGAUGUUGCUGGACUCCCAUCAGCCCCAUCCAGCAUGACCACAGUGAUCAGGGAUGAUGGAAAUUGUUGUUUCUAGAUGAUGUUAAUCUAGAGGGCCACAGGUUCCCCAUCCUGGAACCUGAGGCUUGACUCUUUUGUUGUGUUUUUUAGUUGCCUGACUGACCCCGCUCAGUGAGUCCAUCGCUAACUUAAAAUGCAGCAAGGACAUUCUUUUCUCAAUUCCGACUGAAGCUAGUUUGGCGGGAAACACAUCAAAUGCAGGAUUUCACAAGAAACGAAAGGAUAGAUAUGGAUUGUGGCCAAGGUUGUGUGUACACCACUUCCCGAACCACUGGGUGGUGAGUCAUUGGCAGUGUGUGCACAACCCACAGCUGGAUGGGAUUAGUACUCUGAAAUCCCAGUCCUGAGAAAAGUAUGUACUCCGCUAGUCAGUAGGGAUGGGGGAGAAAUUUGGUUCACUUCUCAUUUAAAGGCAAACCUUCCUAAUCAGAGCUUUCUGAAACAAUCUAAGAACCUAAACACAGCUGUCCUUCAAAAUGCACACUUCUCUGAAUUUUGCAGUGCCAUUCUCCAGCCAAGAAAUGUGUACAAAAAUGCACAUACUAGCUUACAGUGUGCACAAAAAUGCAUCUAACAUUAAAAUUGCUUUGCAAAAAUGUAUUUGUUAGGAAGAACUACAUACCAAAAAAAAAAAAAAUGUAUAUUUGGAGAAAUUCACACUAAAACACUGAUGGAUUUUCAUGAGGACUUUGUGGGGGUUUUUGUUGUUGUUUUGUUUUAAAUAAUAAUAAUAAUAAUAAUAAAAUUUAUUAUUUGUACCCCGCCCAUCUGGCUGGGUUUCCCCAGCCACUCUGGGCAGCUUCCAUAGAAACCAAAAAACACUAAAAUAUCAUACAUUAAAAACUUCCCUGAACAGGGCUGCCUUAAGAUGUCUUCUGAAUGUCAGGUAGUUGUUUAUCGUUUUGACAUCUGAUGGGAGGGCGUUCCACAGGGCGGGCGCCACUACCGAGAAGGCCCUCUGCCUGGUUCCCUGUAGCUUUGCUUCUCGCAAUGAGGGAACCGCCAGAAGGCCCUCGGCACUGGACCUCAGCGUCCGGGCAGAACGAUGGGGGUGGAGACGCUCCUUCAGGUAUACUGGGUCGAACUGAUCCAAACUGAUAUGAAAAUUUGGAGAACUGAGCUUACGACUGGAGAAACCGAAAUUGAAAGAGUUGCCCACCUUAACUAAACAGACCAAAAAAUGGUUUGAUGGAGGCGGGAAGUUUCUCAACGAGUACAAGAUCCUUUCUCUUUAUUUUUCCCCCUGAUCAGGCCCAGCUUCUGCCAUCCUCUGCUCUACUUUUGAAAGCACAAGGAAUGACAUAAGCGGCAGGGCUGGGCACUUGGGUGUUCCAGAGCUGAUUUUCCCGUCUUCCCUGUCUAGCUGUUGCGAUGUGAAGCUUGAAUUUAGUUGUUACUCAUCUCACUCCCAGCUGGGUGAGGAGGAGAAUCUUUUGCAGAGCAAGUAGUUGCUCACAUCAGCCAAUUUCGCAAGAGAGAUUUAAAUACACUGCUGCAUAGGGGAAAACCUACACUUACUACAUUGUGCUUUCUGUUUUAACCCUCCUAUUUAUCAGUGUAGGAGUAAGAAGAACCCUCAGAGUGAGGACAAUAGGGCAGAUGCAGACUUGGAUUAAAUCAACAGGAUUUAAGGCGUGAUUACUAACUUUCCACGUUCAAUUUCAGUGGAGCCUAAGCGCAACCUAGCAUGUAAAACUCCACCUCCCCCUUAAACUCUGCAGCCUAAAUCAAUAUCUCCAGAGCUUUUUAGUUUGUUUUUUUAAUGUACAACUAUAGUUCCUUAUAUCUAUGCUUUAAAACGUUGGGGCCAUCUGAGAUCCAUGACGCUAUCUCUGUAUACUUGUAAGAAAAAAUCAGUCUAGAUUGGCAACAUUAAAUUAGAAUAAUUACCAGCUACACACCUCACUGUUAAAAAACAAAAACAAAUUGUGUUUUUUCAUAAAGUGUACAUCAAUGGCUGGCUCCCUCCUACUUUCUAGCCCACUUUAAAAACAUUCACUCACAAGUGCUGUAUUUGAAUAGAUUUUGAUACACUUGUAUCCUGUUGAUGUGUGCAUAUUACAUAUAAUCCAAAUAAAUAUACAUUAACCCCCAAACAAGUGAUAUUGUCCUUGCUAAAUUCACUGCUACAACAGUUCCUUCUGUUCCCUGGCUGCAUGCAUACCAUACAUUUAAAGCACACAGACCCCAAAAUAGAAUAAUGGGAACUGUAGUUUGCCCUCCCUGACAGAGCUACAAUUCACAACUUUCUUAACAAACUAUGUUUCCCAGUAUUCUUUGGAGAGAGGGAAUGUACUUGAAAUAUAUGCAUGGUGCCUGUAUGCACAGCUUCUGUCUCCGCCCCCGCCCCCCCAUUGAUGGUUUCCUGUUCUUUCACAGCAGAAAGCCUUUCAAGGCCUGCUCCACGCUUCACAUCCUCUGGUGCGCUUGGGUCCUUCAGCUAAAGCUGGAUCUGCUCUGCAGUUGCUUAACAUUAAGGGUUUAUCUACACACCACAGACAACACUGGUUUAACAGUCACUCCUCCUCAGAACAGCUGGGUAGGAGAUUCAGUGAGAGAUUUCUAAAUUCCUAGAUUUCUAGCUGGGUCUUAUUAUAUGAGAGAAGGGGGGGCGGGAAUACACCUCUGCUUGCUUUCCCGACACUAUGCAGAAUUUUAUCAACCUUGAUCAUGUCCCUUUUUCCUUACUGCCCCCCUCCCCAAAUUUAAAAUCCCCAGAUGGAUUAAAUUCUCCUCAUAGACGAGUUGCUCCAGCCCACUGAUCAGUUGGAUGCCAAGUUCUGCCCCUUCCCAGCUCUACAACAUCCUUUUUGAUUUGUGGCAACCAGAAUGUGAACACACCAAACAUAUAAAGUAUCUGUAUAAUAGGGUUGCCAUAUUUCAAAAUGUGACACAAUAGUUAUUUUAGGGUUCGUUUGUUUUUUUAGUUUUGGCCAAAGUUGUUGAGCUUCUUUGGCAAAUUCUCAACAAAAAAAUAUUUUUUUCUGUUAGUGAAUAGUAGAAUGGGAUGUGAAGGGAGAAAAUCAAACUGCAGAGGAAUUCCUAGGUUAGCCUAUGCAAAACGAUCUGGCCACGCUGGGGCCAAUAAGAAACAACACAAGGCCAUUUGAAGAACGGUCUUUCCCCCCCGUCCUGUGGUGUGAACAGAGACAGGAGAUUUGGAAGGUUGCCACGGUAACUGUGUGAUGUCACAGGAAGAGUUGGGGGCCUUUGGCACAACUAAGAAAAUGGCAAAACAAUAUUGGCUGGCUGGCUGAAGGCAGGUGGGGAGAGACGCUGCACUUCUGUGGGGAACAAGUCCCUCUUGAGAUGACCAUGCUGUAAGAUCUGUACUCCCUCUCCAUAAAUUAAGGGUGUAAAUAUGUGUCAUUAAACCAUAUUUCUAAAGGCACGCCAGUGUUGGGUCACUUUUCUAAUAAUCACUAGCAUGGAAUUCACCUUUUCAGCAGCUGCUGCACCCAGGGUUGACAUUUGCAUUUCUGUUCUUAGCUCUCUAUCAAAACCCCAAGUCCUCUUACCACCAGCUGAGUCUUCAUUAGCACGUGCGUGAUGUUAGGAAUUUUUGCUCCUAUGUACAUCAUGUAAGUGCUUCUAGACAGAGGUUUAUGGUGCAAUUGGUGUUCCUUACAUAUGCAAGCUUCUGAAGUUUCCACAUGAAAUUCAAUAUUGAUAUUUUUUGUCCAUUUCAUCCAGAUUUACCCUGCCUGGGACUAAUCCAAUAAGAAAUCAUCAUCAUCAUCAUUAUCAAACAAACCAAACCAGCAGCGCUGUUGCCAAUGGCCUGAUUACAAUAUCAAUCCCCUUUUUAUAAACACCCUUAUUUAUCUCCCUGUCUCCAUAUUUGAAGCAACAGGUUUUCAACAAGCCUUCAUUUAAUAUGAGGAAUAGGAUGCAAAUGAAGUGUUUUAGAUCUGUAAUUGUCUCAGAAGUGGAAAGUGAGGUGGUUAAGAGAGCAGGUUUAAUGUUAAGUUACAAACCGCAGGAAUUAUUUCCUCUGCUGCAAAUGCAGGAUUCCCAUGGUGGGAAGGAAGGGCCUUGUAAACAUUUAAAUCCUGGGAGCUUUUGUCUCCUUAUCACCCUUUCCGCUGCCUCAGCAGCUUCUUCAGCAAUGUCAUAAUAAUAAUAAUAAUUUGUCUUUUGUACCCCACCCAUCUGACUGGCUUGCCCCAGCCAUUCUCUUUAACUUUAUCCUGGAGUCUCUAUGCAAACCCUCUUUGAACUGUGUCACACACCUCAGUAUUGCUGAGAGUUCCUCUUCCCCUACCUUUCAUUCUGGGUGCAGCCUUGUUCCUGAAAGGAGAAGAACCUGAAAUGCAUAUUUUUUUCCCUGUGUGAGUGUAACCCUAUGACAGACUUAAGUAGUAGGAGGUAAAGGCGGAGCUACAUGUCUGAGAUUUCCUCUGUUGGCAAUAAUUUGCCCUUGGAGACAACUGAUUUAUAGUUCCUCUGUUUCUAGGCUGCAGUGCUUUCUAGGGUCUAAGAAUGGGUGACAACCACACCAUACGUUUAAAACAUUCUGCUUAAACAGUCGUGGAGAAUCCCGGGGACUGUAGCUCAUUGAGGGUGCUGGGAAUUGUAGCUCUGUGAGGUCAGCACAGUUGACAAACUACAUGAUUCUCAGGAUUCUUUGGGGGAAGCCAUGAUUGUUAAAAUGGUACAAUAGCGUUUAAGGGUAUGGAUGUGGUUCUCAUCUCAAGGCAAGUUCAAAGGUAUACUAGCCACUGGGAAUACCCAACCUUUAGCAUGAAGGAUUCAGCUGACAGUCUGAAGGAAGGCAGGAAAGCAAGCCAUACUAGAGUGGCAACAUAUGCAUUGCCAAAAGAGAGGACAUAGAUUUGCUUGCAAUUUUGCAUGUGCUAACGUAUACAUAUAGAAAUAAAGUUAGAACUAAUUACUACAAUUUAAAUAGAAAUACAGUAUAUUUCACCAUAAUGAGAAAGAUGGGAUAAUCCCCAUCCAUCUCCAUUCAGUCUGUCAUACAUAUGUCUCAGCAGCAGUCUAGAUUUCUUGCCUUGAAAAACAUAGUCAUUCAGAAGUAUGUGCCAGUGUUUUCAUACAUUCAAGUUGCAGGGGAUGGAGAAAACCUGAAAUACAUACAGAAACAUUGGAAUUACCAUAUUUUUUGUGUAUAAGACUAGGUUUUUUUCCUAAAAAAUAAUGACCAAAAUUGGAGGGCAUCUUAUACACGGAUAGAUCUUCCCCCACUUUCUUAAAUUGGAGUCCCCAAAAACAGGGGCGUCUUAUACAUGGGUGCGUCUUAUAGACGGAAAGUACUUUUCAUCUGGAUCACUGCAAUCCUCCUUAAUUAGGACAAUCCCCUCCCCCCCCCCAGCAUCUCCUAAUUAUUUUCUUUACUUUUUCUACCAAUUGAUGACAAUUUAGAGUAAACAAUUUCCUUAAUUUUUGGAGUAUAAACACCCCCAAGUACUUAAAGACUCUGGGACAGAUAGGAAUUUCAUUAACCAUAGUAUAUCCAAUUGGUCUCACGGUUUGAUAUUGGGGAACAGUAUACUAAACUUUUCAAAGUUAAUUUUAAGGCCACCCGGGGAUUCGAAUGCACUGAGUUUCCUUUCCAGUACAUACAGGUAUUGCUGUUUCAGAUUACACAACACAACUCGACAUCAUCCACAUAAAGGUUCAGCAUAUGCGCUUUUCCCUCUACCCAGAAACCUUCAAUGUCCUGUCAAGCUAGGGAGUGGAGAGGCAGGGAAGACAGUCUGAACUGAUUACACCUUGAUCUUGAUUUGUACGCAGAGGGGUUUUUUUGUAUCUGUCUGUCAGUCUUUCUAUCCAUCCAUCCCAUCUUUUAUGCCAAUGGCCUAUCAAGGUAGCUAACAGCGAUUGCAAUUUGAAAGCAUUAAGAGCAGCUCAUGUAAAUAAUGAAAAUAAAAUAAAACUAGCAAGAGGGAGAAGAAGCUCCGCCCAACAAUUAAGGGAGAGAAAUCCCUUCUUCGGGGCUUUUGGCUGCCUUCCAAAAUCAACAUGGGCCUUCACCUGUCACCAGACUAUCAGCAGCAAAUGAACGGAAUGAAAUUCCCCUGGCAGGGUGUGCCAGAGCUUUGGUGCCACUGUGGGAAAGGCCCUGUCCUGGGUGAUCCCCCAUCAUGCUUCAGACAGCAGGGUAAUUAAGAGCAGGGCCUAUGAAUAACCUAUUAACAAUUGGGUAGGUACAUACAGUAGGAGAGUUGCAUAGGCUGAGGGUCCAGGUGGAACUCUUUGGUGUCUUUUGUAACCUGCAGUAUUUCUCUUUGGCCACAAAGGAAGCAGUGUGCAGCCAGUAGCUCCCUCUUUGGGCAAACUGGUAUGGCACUGGCAUAGGGAGUCAAAUGCCUGGGUCUGGCAGCCACCUAGUACCUGGUUCAGGACCCCUGCUGCAUUAGGGUCAUCCAGUCUAACAUUUUGUAGCAUUAUAAUCUUCCAUUUCGUUUUAUGAGUGUUUUGGGUCAGGGGUUUUGUACUAAAUGCUCCGAUUUUUUUUCAGGGAUACUUUCCCUUGUUAUACGCAACCAACAACAGAAAUAAUAAUCCAACAUGCCCUUCUAUCGUUCUGAAACUCCUGGGCAGGCAAAGGCAGCAACAUUAUAGCAGAAAUCAGACUCCUUUUCUUGAAGUGUAUGGUAUGAAAAAGACAAGAAGAUUAAAUGUGAGAGACAGAAUAAUAAGGCUAAGGGCUGUAGUCCGUAAAGUAGUUGUUAGCACUGCACGGCCAGUGAAACUUUCCUCCUCUCUUUUCUUCACGUGUGUCCCCUAAAGCCCAUUCUCAAGGUUACCCCAGUUCUCCAGAGCAGAUUUGGGUGGUUGCAUGGGGAGAAAAGAGGAAGGAAAAGUUUCAUUGUGCAAGCAGAAAUCUUUGUGCCAACGGAAUCACUUCAUGGAGCGCUGUCCUAUGUUCAAUCAUGUAAAAAUAAUUCUGGACGUUCUAAGCAGGUAGUUGAUAGAGUUGAUGGAUUUGGAAAUAGAAGCCCUACUCAGUCGUGAAGUUCACCAGAGGACCUUAGGCCACCCAUUCUCUCUUUUCCAGAGAAGGAUUAAAUGGGAUCUCCAACAUAUAUGCUGCUCACAACUCCUCAAUAAAAUGACCUGGUACAAAGGUGAUAAAUAACGCAACAGAGAUGCAGACAAGCUCUUCCUACUGUCCAACACUGAUGUGUUUGAAAAUGUCAAAAUAUAAAAGCCCAGUGCUUUUUUUUCCUAAAAGAAAAAUUGUUUAGGGGUAUUCUCAUUUUCCUACUCAUACAGAAAUCCUGCCCCUCAAUGAGGCCAAACUUAGAUUCACAAAAUGUUUACCCCUGCGUCCUUUCAGAAAAAAACACUGUAAAAGCCUAAUAAACACAGUAUUUCUUUUAGCCAGAGUGUUCUGCCUUAUUGUACAAAACAGGCAGCAGAUAAAAUAAGUGAGUCCUGAUAUCGAAGACAAGUUUGCCAGUAUUUAUUACUCUGAAAGAACUUUCUUCUGAUUUCUCCCUCUGCAGACACAAAUGAAGAAGGUGCUAAAACAUAUAGCAUUAAUGUAUAGUUUGUCUCUUUGACUCUUGUUUUUUGCUGCCUCUUCCUAGAGCCCAAGAAACAGCAGAAUACUUGACAGAAGACUUGCUCCAGGUGAGGCGUGGGUCUGAUCAGUGGGCAUGUGCUUACCUGUACCUGCAGGCAUGGAGAGAAAGAGUCCCUUGUCUUCAUGUGUAAUUUAUUUGCUCUCUGCUUAUGCCUGAGUCACAGGAUAGUUUUGCUCUGGGUUUUUACCCACUCCCUGAAGAAUGAUCCAGAUGUUCCAGUGGGAGAGAUGACUUUUAAGCUUCAAAGAGCAACAAACAUUACUGUUAGAGUGGGUCCCAGGAGAUCUCAACAACUCAGAGCAAGGGGCAGAUUUGAAAGCCGCUAGGGCAACUAAUUUGCAAAAGAAUGGUUUCAUGUACACACAGGCACACACACACCCCUAUUCUGUACCACAAAAUCUGCACUUCUGUGAUAUUUCUAAUGUCUGUAGUACUAAGCCUAUGAGAUAAAAGCAGGCUGCUAAUAGACAGUAAGUUAUGUAGAAGAAAGUAUUCCACAGCAAACUAUUCUUGCCUAUUUGUGCUUCAAUUUAUUCAUGGGGGUGCAUUCUGCAGCAGGAUGCCAUAACUAACCCAGGGUUGCAGAAGUUAUUAGUAUCCCUGGCCAGGAGCAGGAGAGUAAAGUAGUAAAGUAGAGUGAAACCAGGUCAUGGAAUCUGAUUGCAUCUCUUUCCAUAGAAUGUUAAGAGUUGCAAAGAGCCCUCAUGGCAGAAUCAUGUGGCCUUGACAGGUGCCGACCCAUCCAUCCUCUCCUUAAAGAUCUCAAGCAAAUGAGAGCCCACCACCAGUUAAUCUAAUAUUUGAGGAGUCACAUAAUUCAGAGUUCCCAGGAGCUGCCUUAUACUGAGUCAGGCCUUUAGUCCAUCUAGAUGAGUACUGUCUACCCUGACUGCCGGAGGCUCUCCAGGGAUUCAGGCAGGAGCUUUUCCCAGCCCUGCUGGGAGACACCCAGGAUAGAACCUUGGACCUUCUGCAUGCAAGGCAGAUACUCUAUGACUGUGCCACUGUCCUUCUCCAGGCAUAAUCGACAAGGUGUGUUAUAGAAGACUAGAGAUGGACAACUGAGAGGCAGAAGAGCUGAAUAGACAGGAAUGGAUGAAAGAAUGGUGUGGUGCAGAACAACUCAGCUCUUUAAGUCCAUUGGCAAACAUUCACCCUUAAUCUGAAGAUCUAAACACAUCAUUUACUUGGGCACUUAAGCUUCCUCUUUCAUUCUUGAUCUGCGCACAUGUUCCUAUAAAUGUGUGUAUAGAUUGUGUCUGUUUACUUAAAUUAAUUGUAUAGUCUUUAUGGGCUGCAAAACCUCUGUGACUUUGACAGUUCACCUGCAAGCAACCUCAGGGUGGGGUGCAUACCAUUGACAGGUCAGUGGGUGGUAGCCAACCAAUUUUUACUCAGAGCAGACUGUUAACAUUAGUUCCAUUCAUUUCAGUGUGUCUACCCUGCCUAAAAGCCGGUUGAAUACCACCCUUUCUGUUUUCAAAUAUCUUUACUUUGUUGAGAGCCAGAAAAACUGAGAAAUCAGAAACUCAAAUGUUGUCCCUAAUGCCAGAAUCUGCAUGGAAUCUUGUGGAAGGUGAACAGAACAAGACACUUCCCUCUGCGGUGUUGCAGGAGAUCUUGGAAGGAGAGAAACACUCUCAAACAGGGACAGAUGCAGUGAGGGAAUCUUUCCCCUCAUUUUCUUUCACUCUCCUUUUUCCCAGAUUGAACAGAGGAUUGAACCAGCCAAGCGUGCUGCUCACAAUGUCCAGAAGAGGCUCCUGGCUUGUCUCCAAGGCCAAUAUGGGGCAGACAUGGACAAACGGGUGGUAAGAGCGUUUGCCUCUCUUCUUUCAGCGUCAAGUAAACCAAUGGUUAUAUGGGAGUUCAGUGGUUGGCAUACUUUUCUUCUUCCUUAAAAGUGACUUAGGGUCAUAGCACAGAGGAAGAGGGUCUAACCCAGGAAUAGGCAACCUGGUGCCCUUCAGGUGUCCUGGACUACAACUCCCAUUAACCCCAGUUUGGCCACAAGGGUCAGGGAUGGUGGAAGCUGCAGUCCAGCAACAUUUGGAAGGCAUCAGGUUGUCUUCCCUUGGUCUCUGGGUUGUGUUCACAUUAUUGCCUCCAAGCAGUGAAGUCCGCCCCCCCCAGCCCCCGUGCAUUUCACAGCUCUUCACAUCAGCACAACUUCAUUAGUGUCAGAUUCAUUUCUGUUUGUGUACACACCAGGGGUCGUUUUGGAUAACGUUGUGUGAACACAGAUUUAAAACCCCGCAGUGGAAACUCAGUGAAUGCACAGUAAAGAGGGUGUGUGAACACAGCCCUUAAUCUUUGCCCUGGGCCAGUUCCCCAAUACAAAUUCCUCUUUCUGCAGCUCAUAGCUGCUUUGAAUGAUGGAGAUUUUGGAAUAUGACUGCAGCACAGGGGCAAAGGGUAAGAUCCUCCUGUCCACAGUACUACUGCCCCUGCCCUGACCCUAAUUUCUACCUUACCUUCUAUGGCUGUUUUAUAUGAAAAAGAAAGAAAGACAUUGAGAUUUCUAAUCACAGAUCUCCAAGUUUAUUUAGACCUAGCAGUCUCUCUUGGGAAUCCCCCAAAGAUUCAUUCUGCUAUCUUGAUUCAAAAUGGUAUCCAGUUGUACCCAAACAGAGACGAAAACCUGCCCUUGAUCUCAGGAACUAUCUAACAGAAAUUGGUUGCCGUGUCUUAAGAGGUGUUUGAAUGCAUAGUGAAUGGACAGGCAACUUUCCAAUAUAUAUAUUUAUAUAGGCUGUGUCCACACACUAGGGCCUGAAUGCACACGUGGGUUGAUUUUAAAAACCCCUGCAGAUCUAAUUCAGCCAGCUCUGUAAGAUUUUGUCUUUCAUAGGAGGGGAUGUAAACAGGCUUCCUUGAUCUGUUCCAGGGCUGGGCAUAAAAUUUAAUCUCUACAGGUAUAUCCAGAUUGUUGGAUGUUGUGUAACUUUCUGUUGAUAACUGGCACUAAGUAACAACACAUCCUAUGAUCUGUCAUCUUUGGCUAGUGUUCCCUUUGUGGGUUUCGUAACAUGUGUGCUUGUGCUCAGAUAUUUUUGUGGGGGUGGGGGGGUGGGGGCAGAGGGGUAGCAGCUCAGGCAAGACAACCCUGUUCUUCCUUUCCACAAUCAUCUGCUUGCUUGCUUUUGCCUCUGGACUAAAUCCCUAGUACAGUGGUACCUUUUUCUCGAACUUAAUCCAUUCUGGGAAUCUGUUUGACUCCCUAAACCAUUUGAAAACCAAGGUGCAGUUUCCAGUUGGCUGCAGGAGCUUCCUGCACUCAGACACUCGGCUUCCGGAAAACGUUCGCAAACCGGAACACUUACUUUCGGGUUUGCAGCAUUUGGGAGCUGAUUCAUUCAGCAUCUAAGCCAUUUGGGAACCAAGGUACCACUGUACAACCCUCCGGAAAUGAACAUGCAGAUGUAUGAGCAGGCAGUGACAGCUGCUGUUCCUUCAGCCCUUCCUUGCUGAGUUUUAGGCCUUGGCAAGUGCCUGGCACUGCCAACAACUGACACUAAACCUGUCUGUAUCUCAUCAAAGUAGUAGACAUACAUAGGAUUACCCUAUUUCAAGAAGUGAAAAUCUGGACACAAAACUUUCUGAGUUUUUCCAGCUAUUUUUAUUGAAAUUUGCCAAAAUUCGCAAUUUGCGUCUGGACACUGUUUCUGAUGUCCAGUAUUGGUUCUGCUGCUGCUCCCCAGUUACUGGAGCUUUUAAAAUUUUGUUCCAAAUUGGCAUCAUAGUACCACUGUGCCCACAUUGAUAAUAGGCAACUUGCUAUUUCCCCCCUCCUAAUUGCUUUCACUUGGCAUUAAAGCAAGUUACUUAGCAUCCUAAGUUUUCUCCACCUUAAAAACAAUAUAGUGCACCCAAUAUUUGAACGUUCCACUAAAGCAGUUUGUAUUUUUUUUAUUAAUUGAUUUUUAGUUAGGUAAAUAAUGUGUUCUACCUGCUCCCAUACCUGCAUUUCAAGAAUAUUUUCAUAUUUUGUUUAAACUCUGUUUUCCUUUAAAUUGGUCUGCUUCCUGUUUCCAUCACUUCCAAGUACAUUUUUCUUGACAACGAAAUGGACCAGGCUGCAAACUACUUGAUCUGGUCUAGCUAAUUUCACCACCCCAUUUACUUGUAUGGGACAUGGGGUAACUGCUGCAAUUAUGAAUUAUGAAUUAUACAUUGGCAGGUGUUGGAGAGCUUCACUCUGUUUCAGAAAAAGGCUGUGGAUUUAUCUUGUUUGCUCAUUGCAUCUUCUCACUUUCCAAUUCUUUCUGCAGAAAAAAUUGCCUUUGAUGGCGCUAUCGAUGACCAUGGCAGAAAGCUUCAAGGAGCUAGACACUGAUUCCAGCCUUGGGUAAGAAUCAGUGUGUUUUAUAGAUUAAGGUGCACACAAACUGUUGAUCUGUAGAACAUAAGCAAGCAACAUAUAUCCCAAGUUGCUCACAGGAAAGAUUAUUAUUAUUAUUAUUAUUAUUUUAUUUAUUAUUAUUUAUACCCCCACCCAUCUGGCUGAGCUCCCCCGUCACUCUGGGUGGCUUCCAAUCAAGUGUUAAAAACAAUACAGCAUUAAAUAUUAAAAACUUCCCUAAACAGGGCUGCCUUCAGAUGUCUUUUAAAGAGAAGAUAGCUGCUUAUUUCCUUCACCAUUAUUGGAUGCCAUUAUUUUGUCAUGAUGGUAUGAAAAAUCACCACCAAAUCUAAAUCAGGGAUCUUCUUUGCAAGAUAGAACUGUGUGGUUUUUUAAAUGCAGUGUAUUUCUUAUAAGGCAAUACCCUUUCUACUUAAAAUAUGGCUGACAUUGAUUUAGGAACCUUUCUGCAGAAGUAGAACAGCAAACUGAGGGGCUCCUGCAUUGGUGUUAUAUCACGGACUGUGUUUGCACUGUCUGUUUACCAUGCCUUGCUUUGGGUUAUGGCUGUGUGCUUUCAGGUGCUUCUCAGGUAAUAAAUCUGCAUUACACACCAUUCAGCUGCUGGGCAAUACCUCUGCACAGAAAAUAGGGGUCAGCUUCAGUAAGGAACCCUGUCCUAUGCCACAUUUCCCCCCCCCCCCCCCCUGUUUAACAGGCAAGAUAUGUUAUGCUGUUAUCCCUUCCUUCUUCAGCUGUGCAACACUAUAGACAGAAUGGAUGGCAGCUAUCUUUGGGAACUGUGGUAUUAAACCCAAGUGGAGGGCAGGAGGGCACCUCAUAGAAAAGGCACCAGGAAGAAUGAGGGUCACUAGGUUAUUCUAGAUGACCUGCUUAUUGAGCAUCCAUCCUGAUUUGCUUGCCCAAAGCUUCUGUGAAGGUUAGGCAAUGUAGAGUCUUUGCUGAGCAUCCGUUCUGAUCUGUUUGCAAGGAGGUUAUAUUGACAAUGAGCAUUCAUCCCGAUUAGUUUGCAUGGUGGUUAUAUGUCUUCUCAGUUAGAACCAUUCCUCCUACAUCUUUCAGUCCGUUUCCGUUACUUUCCUAACUGCAAGAAGUCCACUUUUUUCCUAAUUGAAAUUGUUUGCGCUUUAACCUGGUCUGCGCCUCGAUUCCUCCCGCAAAAUAUUGACAGUCUGGAGGCAACCACUGACUGAUAUUGUGCCACACAGGCUGAUCUCCUGCUAGAUCCAUUUGAUCUACCUUUCAUCAGAUAGGUGCAGCGUCAGCACUGAACACAAACCAUGACAAUCUGCAAUGUGUGUUUUUGGGAAGGGCCAUGGAUCAGGCCCUGGUGCUCAGAUUAAAGCCUGGAUAAGUUCUAUAACCCCCAAGUACAAUUAUUCAGAACUGGGGCCAAACUAGAUGGAAUGGUAACUGGUUGCUUUUUUGUUUAGUAAAUAGCUGCUGGGUAUAUAAAAUGGCACCACAGUGGAGGGGGAAGAGAGGUUUUAACCCACUUUUUUUUUACUGCUAGUAUAUUGAUGUUUUCACAUACACAAUAACAUUUCCCUCCCACACCCUGCAAACUCCUUUACAGUGAUGGUUUAGUUCUGCCAGAUGGAGCCCCAGAGAGAGAAAGAGAGAGAGAGCUCACUGAGGACUCAUACUCCUCAUUUUUCAGGCCGUUGGAGAGAUAUUGGCUCUGGUUAUAUACACUACUGUAACUCUUCUUCCUUCUUGGCUUACAGGAAAGCUCUAGAAAUGAGUUGCUUCAUUCAGACUAUGCUAGCCAGGAUCCUUGCUGAGUUUGAAAUGGCCCUUGAGCGAGACGUCCUACAACCCCUCAAUAAACUGAGCGAGGUAUCCAUCUCCCUCUGUUCUCAUCUUCUGUUUUCCCUCUUUUCUGCCUGGUCUUCUGGUUGUUCCUUCUCUCCUCCCCCCUUACUGCUGCAUGUAAAAAGCUGCCUCCAGAUGGGUGUCUCCUGGCACUGACCAAUCAUUGCUCUUACACUGUAAGCCACAAGAAGAACUGCAAUCCACUUUCCACAUGCUUGGGAAGCUCAAGCUUUUUCUAUGUGUACAUUCUACCGUGUUGUUCUGUCCAAACCAAGGGGAGUGAUAUAGCUGCUGGGAGUGAGGAAAGCAAAGAUCCAGUUCCCCUUAAUUGCCCAUUUGAAGCUAAACACCAUAUUCGCUACAACCUUUACAGUGGUGACUGACAUUUUUACUACCCAUCAAUUUUGAAUAAAUACUAAAAUGCUUUAAAAAGAAAUUUGCAUAGUGGAAUGUAGGGAUGAACAAAUCUGCCAGUUUUGGUUUUUCACGUUUUCUCGAUUUUCCAUUUUUAAGUUCAGUUUUUCACAUUUCCACUUUGUGGUUUGUUUGUUUUUUAAAAGCCCUCAUGAACAUCCAUGAGCAUUUUACUGUGACUUUCUCCUAUUGUACACAUUUUCUAUGCCAUUUCCCCUAAUAUACACAUUUUUGCAGACCAAUUUCCUUGUAAUACUGCAUUUAUGUACAUUAUUUUCUAAAUUAUUUGCAUUUUGAUACCCUUUUAUAUGUAAUAAUGCUAUUUUUUUAAAGUCAUGAAGGGGAGGAAUCCUUUUCAGACCUGCAGUUUUAGCAAGAUGUUUAAAAGUUUCUGUCAUAUUUAUUUCUUCAUCUGUUAAAGAUGAGCAUGGUAGAGUAUGAGCUCUAUGGAAUACUCUUUUAUCUAUUUAAGGAAUUGUUAUCAUCCUCUUCAGCCAAAAAAAAACUGGCAUAGAAACUUAGGGUGGCUCCAGAGAAUGUCAGUAUUUUUCAAGUUUAUGCUUUAGGUUUGUGCAUUUAAAAAGUGGAUUAAAGCACUGUGUUGCCCAAGCACAACAAAUCCACUUAAAACAAAACAAAAAAAACCACGGCAUUUUUCCGGUGACUUCUGGUGUUUAGUGAUAACCUGUGCGGCAAGGGGUGCCAUUUUAUUGUAAAUGCAUGCUGACUUGUGAUAGUGACAUAUUGCGCAGGUGAGCCUAGCACAAGCUGACACACAUUUACAAAAGUGACAUAUUGUGCAAGUGUGCCGUGUUGUGGUCGGCUCACCUGCACUAUGUGUCACUACCCACAUCAAAGCCCUGCUUUGCAUCUACACCUGUGGAGAUUGCACUGCUCUUCCGUUCUGUAAAAAAGUCAGGCUUUUUUUGCAAUCUGGGAAAAGUUGGAGGAACAACAGGGGAAAACACAGGAUGGCUAUGAUUGGCGAUGUAGAUGCACUUAGCACUAAAGGUUCUAAGGUGGAGUGUGGCUGGUGGGGGAAAUGGAAGUGAAUGAAGCACAGUGAUUCCACAUGUAUGGAAGGGCUUCACCUCAGGGAAAGAGCACCUGCUUUUCAUACAGAAGGUUCAAGGUUCAAUCCCUUGCAUCUUCAGGUAGGACCAGGAAGGAUGCCCGUUUGAAACCCUGGAGAGCUGUGGGCAAUACUGAGCUAGAUAGAUGAACGAUCUGACUUGGUAUAAUGCAGCUUCCUUUGUUCACAGUAAAAACCUAGUGUGGAAGGACUGGUGGUAAUUCCUAACCAACGGGCAAGUGCUACUGGUGUGUGACUCAUCCUUCCCCAUCCUCAUCUCUUCCAGGAAGAGCUGCCCACCAUCCUGAAGCACAAAAAGAACCUUCAGAAACAUAUUUCAGACUGGAAUGCCAUCAAGAGCCGGUACUGAGAGGGGGAGGGAAGGGGAGAGAUGGCGCGGGAAAGCUUGACGAAUUUGGCAAAAGAGAUCUAUUGGGAUCUAGCUGCUUUUGCCCAAGAGCAGAAACAGGACUAAGUCCUUGGAAUGUGGCCCUUCCUCAGCCACGGGUCCAUCAUAAUGUUUGGGAAGUCAUUUUCUGUUACAUCAGCUCUGCUUUAAACAUUCUCUGUGCUCUUCAAAGGCAGUGAAAUAACUGAGUAACUUAUUUGUAAAGGGGAUUGUAGGCUGACACAGAUGGUUCUGCACAGGGCCAGCUGAUGAAGCUUCUGACUCUACUUUAGUCAUCAUCCUUUUUCUAAAACAACCAAACCAAAAAAGGAAAAAGCUGGGGAAGAUGGGGACAUGGGGGUGGCAGAAGCAUCAAUCUUUCAUUGUUAGAUCAACAUGGACACUGAAUUGAUAUACACCCUAUCCACUGAGCCUCUUGGGAUUGCCAAUCGGAAGGUCGGCAGUUCGAAUCCUCACGACGAGGUGAGCUCCCAUUGCUUGGUCCCAGCUCCUGCCAACCUAGCAGUUUGAAAGCAUACCAGCGCAAGUAGAUAAAUAGGUACCGCUGUGGCAGGAAGGUAAACAGUGUUUCCGUGCAUUCUGGCUUCCGUCACAAUCCUCUGUGCACCAGUAGUGAUUUAAUCAUCUUCGCCACAUGACCUGGAAAGCUGUCUGUGGACAAGCGCUAGUUCCCUCGGCCUGAAACGAGAUGAGCACUGCACCCCAUAGUCGCCUUUGACUGGACUUAACCAUCCAGGUGUCCUGAGAGCCAGUGUGGUGUAGUGGUAAAGAGCGGUAGACUCGUAAUCUGGCGAACUGGGUUCACUUCCCUGCUCCUCCACAUGCAGCUGCUGGGUGACCUUGGGCUAGUCACACUUCUCUGAAGUCUCUCAGCCUCACUCGCCUCACAGAGUGUUUGUUGUGGGGGAGGAAGGGAAAGGAGAUUGUUAGCCGCUUUGAGACUCCUUCGGGUAGUGAUAAAGCGGGAUAUCAAAUCCAAACUCCUCUUCUUCUUCUUUACCUUUUACCUUUUCCUACCCUAGCCAUGUCUCUAAUGGCUAUCUCCACCUCUUUGCCCAUUUAGCUGUGUGUUAACAAGUUAGUCUCCCCUCUGAUGGGAGCCUGCACCACAGCACACACUCUGUUUUCCUUGCUGGUCUGUAUAAAAACACACAUACGCAAAGACUCUGAUCACAUGCAGUGAUACAUACCUUUUUAGUUGUAAAUGUUUUUAUUUUCACAUUCAGCAGCAAAGUACUUCAUUGUGACUUCACUAAGGAUUAAGCCAGAAGGAGAGUCACUGUGCUAGUUCUCUGGCUGUUGACUCACUGCUGCUAACCAUUAGAGAGAGGGGAAGGGGUGUUGUAGUGUGGGGCAAGUCAGGUCAGUGUGAACGCACCAGCAGAGAACAUCCAGCAUUCCUGCUGGUGCGUUUACAUCACACUGACCUCCCCGCUGCUUCACCCCUUUCCUUCCCAGUAAACAACAGUGACCCACCUGCCGGGAAGCUAACACAACAGUUUCUUGAUUAGCAUGCUGUUUGAAACUGGGCUCACAGUUAAGCCUUCUCCUCAUCAACCUUGAGCAGAUGCCUACAACUUGAGGUUAGCUGCACGCAUCAGACAGGUCAUCAGUCUCUAUGUCUAACACAUUGUCGUAUAAUUUUUGAAUGCCAUCAACUCAACUCUUGCCUCUGGCUCUUCUUUGGGAAUCUGAAGUCUGAACCAAGCUGCCAAGAACUCCAGCAAUAAUACCAGUGGUGCCGCUGGCCCAGGCCCAUCAUCUGCUGCCAUCAAACUAGAAAAUCUGAAGGAAGAGGAAGAAGAGAUGAAGAGGAGGGUUGAACAGAGUAAGGUAGGUGUGAAAUGUGGCUGGGGAGCUGGGGAUUGACAUUCUCCUUCUCAGUUAGAAGGAAGCAUGUUUGUAUAGGAAAUGCCCAAAGAUGAGGGGUGGAGAGAGAAAUAUGACAAGAGUGUUGGUGCAGACAUGACCAUGCAGAACUCCCAUUGAUUGCGCUACACUGUGCUGUGGGUCAUUGUUUAGAUCCCACAAAGGAGAUCCAAAUGGCAAACUAGAGCAGUUGUUGAUAUUGGUGGAGGAGAAAUUUGAUUUGGUUCACAUUUAAAAGCGAACCUCCCCAAUUUACACUUUCUGAAACAAUGCACAAACUGAAACACUGCCAUUUUUUCAAAUUUUGCCUUUCUCUGAAUUUUGCAGUGCCGUUCUCCAAUCAAGCAAUGUAUAUAAAAAUGCAUGUACUCAAGUAAAGUGUUCAUAAAAAUGUUCAUGUUCAUGAAAAUGGAAAACAAAAAUGCAUUAUAGUAAGGAAAUUUGUUCUGCAAAAAUGUGUCUGUUCAGUGAAAUAGCAUAUGAAAAUGUAUAUAUUUGAGACAUUUGCACCAAAAUGUUGAAGAGGAUGUUUCUUUUAAAAAUCACAAACUGAUGUGGAAAAUGCAGAGGACCAAAGUUAAGCAUGGAAAAAUGAGAAGCCAAGAGAAACCGAAACUGACAGAUUCACCUAUCCCUAGUUAUUGAUGUGAUUAUUAUCCCAGAAGCUGCAUGAGAUUUAGAAUGGAGUCAGUGUGUGCCAAGUCACAUUGCGUCAUAUUCUUCCUACUUAAUAAGGUAUUCAGGACCUUGCAAUAUUUACCAGGUUGGAGUAGGAGGUAUAGACACACAGCCUAAUGAUUUCUUAGAUCCCAUUUGUAGAUUUUUUUGUUUCCUGAUAUAUAUUUAUGCUGUGUAUCCUGGAAACAGGCCACCACUAGGGAAGAGGGAGAAAGCCAUUUUAGUUCACAUGUUAAUAUGAAUCCACCUAAUGCACACUUCCUGAAAUUAUUUGUGAACCAAAACACAGCUAUCCUUUGAAAACCACACUUCUCAAAUUUUUGCAAUGCAGUCCUCCAACCAGAUAACAUUUCCAACUAGGCAUAUAUUAGGGGGAAGUGUCCAUUAAAAUGCAUAUGCUGGUGAAAGGAACUUACAAUAAUGUCUUAUAUUACAUAGAUUUGCCUGCUAAAUUGUGUAUAUAAGACAAAAAUGCAUAUGUAAAAUGUUGAAUAAUAAUAAUAAUAAUAAUAAAUUUAUUUAUUUGUACCCCGUCCAUCUGGCUGGGUUUCCCCAGCCACUCUGGGUGGCUUCCAAAAAGAUUAAAAAUACACGAAGACUUUCUGCAAAACGAGGCAGAAAUGUAGAGAACCGAGAAUGGAAAAAUGAGAAACUGACAGUCACUGAACUGACAGAUUCAUAGAUCUCUAGUCACCAUCUAACUGUGUCACGGUGAGGAUAUUGCAGGCAGCUGGGAUGGUGCAGUUAACAGGAAAGGAGGCUGAUAUAUUUCUGUGGUUUGCUCUUUGUGAAGGGAACAAAGUACAGUGCUUCCCCCAUCUCAUUUUCUAGGAUGAGUACAUGGCAGACCUAUAUCACUUUUCAACCAAGGAAGACAGCUAUGCUAAGUACUUUAUCAAAGUAAGUCAGUUCCCUUAUCUCUCUUUUUCCUUUGCUCCAUCCUUCAUUGUAAGAUGGUUUUGCAUACCUUUGGAUAACUCUCAAAGUCUAAAGAGGCAUUUUGUUGGAGUUCUUUAAUUGCACCUCUCAAUUUUCUUCUUCCUGUUUUGUGAAUGUAUAUUUUCCUUCCACAACUACUUCCCUUUGCUCUGUUUCCCCAAAUCCAAAUCAGGGACUUCUGCAACUAUCAGAAGACAAAAAUUAUGCUGGGGAAGGAUGCUGUUUUCUGAGACCCCUCAAAUGUCUAGCUUGGUCUUCCCUUAAGACCUAUCCCCCACAGUCAUCUCUGCAUCUCUCUAAAGAAACCCACCAUCAUUAUCAUAGAAUCAUAGAGUUGGAAUAGACCACAAGGACCAUCGAGUCCAACCCCCUGGCAAGCAGGAAACACCAUCAGAGCACUCCUGACAUAUGGUUGUCAAGCCUCUGCUUAAAGACCUCCAAAGAAGGAGACUCCACCACACUCCUUGGCAGCAAAUUCCACUGUCGAACAGCUCUUACUGUCAGGAAGUUCUUCCUAAUGUUUAGGUGGAAUCUUCUUUCUUGUAGUUUGGAUCCAUUGCUCCGUGUCCGCUUCUCUGGAGCAGCAGAAAACAACCUUUCUCCCUCCUCUAUGUGACAUCCUUUUAUAUAUUUGAACAUGGCUAUCAUAUCACCCCUUAACCUCCUCUUCUCCAGGCUAAACAUGCCCAGCUCCCUUAGCUGUUCCUCAUAAGGCAUCGUUUCCAGGCCUUUGACCAUUUUGGUUGCCCUCCUCUGGACACGUUCCAGUUUGUCAGUGUCCUUCUUGAACUGUGGUGCCCAGAACUGGACACAGUACUCCAGGUGAGGUCUGACCAGAGCAGACUACAGUGGCACUAUUACUUCCCUUGAUCUAGAUGCUAUACUCCUAUUGAUGCAGCCCAGAAUUGCAUUGGCUUUUUUAGCUGCCGCGUCACACUGUUGGCUCAUGUCAAGUUUGUGGUCAACCAAGACUCCUAGAUCCUUUUCACAUGUACUGCUCUCAUCACCUCCCUAAUUCCUCUUUACUCUUUCCAGGACAGGGAUGGGAAUUCUGUAGCCCUCCAGAUGUUGCUGAGCUUCCAUCAGCCCCAGCCAACAUGGCCAUUGGUCAGAGAUGAUGGGAGUUGAAGUCCAGCAACAUCUGGAGGGCUACAGAAUUUCCUGUGCCAAUGCUACAGGUUUAAUAGGACUUGCAGAAGAAAAACACCAUUCAGGGAAAAAAUACAUGUGCAUUUAUUUUUCUGUCUGACAGUUGAUGGAAAUUCAAGCAGAGUAUCACCGGAAGUCCCUGGAAUCUCUGGAUACUACUUUGGCAGAGGUGAAAGAGACUCACAACCAGCCAGGUAUUAGUUGAGCUGUGUCUUUUUAUUUGCCGCACUGGAGAUAAGUUUGUUCAUUCUGGGUCACCUAGAGCUUGGGGGAUGCAGUUUAUUGUUGCUGUCUUGUUGGUGGUUCCCCCUGUAUGUACAUCAUUGUAUUUUAUUGUGUUCCCAAAUGUCUACACGUAGUGUAGCUUCCCAGUGUGACACUACGUACAUAGCUCUUUGCAAGUGGGGCCCCUGCUAUUGCUUACUGAGAGAUACAUUCAUUAGUCAUUUUCAGGGCAGCUUUAGUGAUGUUAGCCAGCGAUAUGGGAAAGACAACAGGUAACAUGCAAAGCACAAAUUCUAAAGCGCCUCUGACGCUACAGUGCUGCUAUUUUUGUAGCUGGACAGUGAGAUUGGUACUUUUUCAAAUUUAUUUUGUAUUGCAUGUUGCUGUAUUUCUUAUACACCACUCUGAAAACGUCAGUUGAAAGCUGGCCUAAAAAGAUAGACAACAAACAAAGAGUCUCUGAGACUCACUAGGACCGAAAGAGUUGAUUCUGCAGAGCAGUGUGUCUAUAUUUGUCCCUGAAAUAGAUUUUUUAAAACCCCACUUCCUGUGAGGGAAAAUGACACACCAAGAAGAGGGUUAGGCAAAAAAUUCUGCUGCUUGCGUAGACCAGAGCUGAGAAGCAGGGCCGGCCCAACAAUUAGACAGAGUGAGGUGACGGUGUCAGGCAGUUGUGGGUGUCGUGAAAGCAGAGCAAAGUGUUAAUUAUUUCAUUUACUGUAUUUUUACCACCAGGGAGAUUUUCUGCUUUAGACACCCAAAGAACUUGGUUGGCUGUGAGUUCUAAUAUGUAACUUGGCUUGGGUGUGUGGAGACAGAACAUCAUUUGCUGCUUGCCUCAGGCAGCAAAAUGCCUUUGCUCUACCUGGGGUCCUCAGGAGCUUUUGGUAUGGAGCACUGCUGGGCUGAGUUGGCUCCUGAAAACCAGGCUCAGCAGUUGGAUGGUGAUGAACUUUGGAAACUUCCCAUCCCAUAUGCACAGUGGGCUUUAUUCUCUCCCUCUCCCUUCCUUCCUGCUGUUUUUCAGACUCCCCAUUCCCAAGAGAUGCAGCUGUGGUGGGGGUGUAUGGGAUGCCGCUAGAGACUCACCUGAAGGCUUCUGGGCGGGAGAUUGCCGUCCCCAUUGAAGCUUGUGUCAUGAUGCUGCUGGCAUCGGGGAUGAAGGAAGAGGUAGGUGUCACUCACUUGCCCAGCCCUUCUUUUGCCACCAAUUUCCUUGCCUCACCUUUCUUCCACUCUGCAGGGGCUCUUCCGGUUGGCAGCUGGAGCAUCUGUGCUGAAGAAGUUAAAGUACAGCCUUGCCUGUGGCUCAGGUGUCCUGGGUGAAUUCUAUGCAGAUCCUCAUGCUGUGGCAGGUAGGAUAUUAAAUUAAUGCAGGGCUGGGGAACCUGUGGCCCUCCAGAUCUUGUUGGACGCCAUCUUCUGUUAGUCCUAGCUAGUACCACCCAGUCAGGGGUUUCAUUAGGAGUUGGAGUGCAACAACAUCUAGAGGUCCACAGAUUUCCCCAGCCCUAAUUAGAGGUAUCAGAUAAUUAAGCAGCAGGGAGUAUCAUGAUCCGGGAGAGAGGGAGAGGCAUGUUCUACCUCUAAAACAGCAUCUCUUUGCUUCCAUCUCAGGUGCACUGAAAUGUUACCUGCGAGAGCUGCCCCAGCCCUUGAUGACCUUUGAACUCUAUGAUGAUUGGCUUAAAACUGCAAGGUACAUUGGGACUAGGAAGAUGGGCUGCCUUCUUACAGCUCACACAGUUUGUUAUUUCACCUCAAUGCUAAGAUUAGGUUAACUUGACUAGCAAUGGAAAUUGCUUGUAUUAUUGCCUACUCUGGGAAUGACUGAAACCUGUUGCAAAUACUACUAGAAAUUAAAAUUGCAUGUGUCAGGGUGCACACAGAGUUGAAGAGGGUCUCAUUACAAAACUAGCAAGGUAGGGGGGAGUUAAGAAGGAUGGCCCGUUCCAGCUGGGUUUUUAAAAAACACCAUGAAAAGUGUUAUGAUUAGUAACAUACUCGGCUUAAGGCAGAGUUAGCCAACAUGGAACCCUGUGGAUGUUUCUGGCCCGGAUUUCCCACAAUCCCUGACUAUAGGGUUUGCUACUCCUGGCUCGAGUGCACAAUCACCUCAGCAUAAAUCCCUUUGGAAAAAGUGAGACUUAGUUCUAGGGCCAAAGUAGAUGAAAUGUAGAAGAUCUGCCACUGGCUGUCCCAGAAAAUCAAGUUCAGAGCAUUGGCACUGGGGUGAAGUCUCUAAAAGCUAUUUUCCCCAUCUCAAUUCCCACCUAAAGCUGUUGUCUGCUUCAAUGAAGUAAACUACAUGUUCUUUUUCCCCAGAGGAGAAAACAGCAGCUUGAGGUUGGGGAUGGGGGAUUUAAUUUAGUUGAUAUGAAAGGAAAGUGGGUUUAGCACUGUCCUCCAGCCCCACAGCUCCCAUCAAAUUUGGAGUUCUCAGCCACUCUGCCUUAAAAUAAAAAUACAAAUGUCAGGAAAUGCUUGUGCUGAUCUUCUGCAUCUUAAAUAGUUUGGUCCCAAGUAAAUACUCAUUGGGUAUUAUGUCUCUCAGGAACUAGGGGAAAUGAGUUCUUUCCCCCAACAAGUGAUGUUGGACUGCCAGCUGAAAUACCAGGUGGCGUAAUAGUUAGAAUGAUGGCCUUUAACACCCAAAGCACAUUACUUCCCCCAAAGAAUUCUGGGAACUGUAGUUUCCCCAACGAAAGAGCUACAGUUCCAGCAGCUUUAACAAACUGCAGCUCCUACGAUUCUUUGGAGGCAGUCAUGUGCUUUAAAAGUGCUUGAAAUGGAUGGUGUAGAUCUGCCCUUGAUCUGGGAAACUUUAGCUCUGAUCCCUGAUCAAGCCAUAAGGCUAGCUGCAGGACCUUCGACCUGUUGCUAUCACUCACACCCUAACCUACAAUACAGGGCUGUUGUGAAUUUAAACAGAGUAGUCCCAUCCAGGGUUGCCACUCUGAGCUGAUAGGAAGAAGGAUAGGAUUUACACAUGUGGAGCUGCAGCAGCAGACUGGCAGCCAGACAGUGAUUGAAAUGCCCCUGGACAUGAGAAAAUAAAGAUAAGACUCCAUAUAAGCAAUGAUCAUAGUAGAUGGGUCCCUUUGCUUUUGAAGCUUGUUGUAGCCCUCCUCACCUCUCCCUUUCAGUAUCAAAGAGCCAGAGAAUCGACUGGAGCAUCUUCGGGACACUUGCAGCCGUCUCCCCAAGGACAACUACAACAACAUGAGGUGUGGCACACCUGUUAGUAUUUAGGGGCUUUAAGAUGGAGCUUGGUAGGUGGCGCUUAUACCAUCAGUGUCUCUCGGUGCUGGAAAAGCCUGCUGCAUUUCUGUUGUUACUCAACAGACAGGCAAAAGAGCCCCACCUGAAAUGUCAAGACAGUGGUUUUCCUGGUUUUCACUACAGUACUUGCCUUUUCCCAACAGGUAUCUGAUUCGUUUUUUAGCCAAGCUGGCUGAACAGCAGGAAGUGAAUAAGAUGACCCCCAGCAACAUUGCCAUUGUCCUAGGGCCCAACCUGUUGUGGCCCCAACAGACUGAAGGGUAACUGUAUAAAACUGCCAGAAUACAUUCUCCGCUGGGGUAUAGGGGAGGGGAAGUGAGGGGCAGAUGGGGUUCGUCAACCAGGGAAGGUAGCCCAUCUAGGAGAAGGAAAACUCUGAUCCUAAACCUCCGCUGCCUUGCGGGACAUCUUCGGGAGAAGAAAAGGCUGAGGAGUAAACCCAACACAAAUCCAGACUGGAGUCCCCAAGGCAGUUGGAUGGCGCCUUGUAGGCCUCUCCGGCAACACCUGCAGCCAAGCUCAUGCCAAACAUAUUGCUCUGCUUUCCUUUGGACCGCAUCAGUGAGUCCAGGGUGUGUGUGUGUGUGUGUGUGUGUGUGCGUGUGUUAUUGUCUGGGUAACCCAGGACCUCCAUACACAUUGCCCAGGCUUGCACUCUGGGGAGGUCACUUUGGCAGCAGUUUUACUUCAACCCUGGAGGCACACUCCAUUGUCUCUUGUGACAGACAGAUGCCAACAACAUCAUUCUCCACUUUUUGGUUUAGCAUGUAUUCACUAAUUGAACUCUUUAGACAUAUACAUGUAUCAGUUGUAAUUGAGAAUGGUGCUGUGUACACCCACCAGAGCCUUAUCGUACCAAGAAUUCCAGAGGCCAUCCAAGGCAGCUUAUCCAAAACUUGAAAAUGUCUAGAAUACAUGUGGAGAACUGCUGACCCUCAGGUCUAAUUAGGCCCCACAGGCUUUCCCAUUUGGUCCAUGGUGCUGUUUUUACUAAGCCCAGCCUACCUGCCCCAUGCCAGAAGUCACACCUGUCCCCAGUUAUGGGACAGUAAAAAGACGUGGCAAAGUGGGGUUUGCAGACACUGCCAAUCAGCUGACCAGCAGUGCCUGCAAACUCCUGCCUGACAGCACGCCUUCAAAGUCUGUUUGCAGACUAUGUUUCAAAUCACAUAUGCAAAGAGACAUUUUCCCUCCCUGUUUGCAAGACUGGUUUGAAUGCAAACAGGUCCUUUGAUGGUUAGCUGUCAGUGUCAAUCACUAGGUUGGCUCUAAGAGUGAGCUCCUUUUAAGCUGUCCCCUGGCAUUAUUAUGUAUAGACCUCAGGUGAUUAACCAGUAGAUGGACUUGUGGGAGAGGGGGGAGGUAAGGAUCCCUUCCAUCAGCCAGAUCCAGUUUCUCCCCUGUGAUCUCAAAGGUGACAUUUACCUUGUCACUACAACAGACUGAUAGGAGAAGUCCAACCUGUGGAAUGUCUGCUUUCCUCUGAGGUUCUGGGAAAAACUGAAGACUUGUCCCAGAUAGGAUGUGGCAAGCCUAGAAGUAACUUUCAGUUAUGUUAUGUCCUUUCCUUCUCCUCAAAUGGAGGAAAAAACAGGUUGUGAUGCCCUAACAGAAGGGAAAACACUCUGUCUGGUUCCUCCGUGAAUUUUAAAGAGCUAAUAUCUUAAUUAAAACAGUCCUAGAUUUGUCACCUCUAGCCUUUAAAAAGCCUUGUAUAACUUUUAUGAGCUGCACGGAAAGAGGAAUUUCACUGACUUCACUCUCUCCCAUCAGAAACUGUAGAGGAAAAGUUAGGAUAAACAGCCUUUGCUUAACAUAGAUCUUGUUGCUGUCUCCCCCAGGUGCCAGGUGCAACUAGAUAUGGCUUCUGUAUCCUCCAUCCAAGUUGUGGGAGUUGUGGAACCCCUGAUACAAAAUGCUGACAUCCUCUUCCCAGGAGGUAGUCCAUCAUCUGUUGGCCUGAAUUUUUCUUUACCCUGGUGAGGAGCUGCAUUACAGCUUCCAUCAUCCCUGACCACUGGCUGACCAUGAUGGUGGGAGCUGGAGUCCAGCAACAUCCAGAGGGUCACGGGUUCCUUGUCCCUGCCCUCAUAGAACUGGCCAAGUCUAGGAAUACAAUUAUAUGAUCUUAACCCCUUCAUGCAUUAACUUGCCCUCAGCUUGGUGGUUAUGUUUGACUGCAAUCCCACCAAAAAUACAUAAAUAACCACCUAGUUAUAAGGAACUCUUGGCCAGGGCAUCUCCUGUUGUCUAUGAGCGAACCGCAUCUCCUGGAUCAUAAAGAUCAUGAGCCAUAAGAGAUGGAAGAUAGCAAAAAUUGAAAUUCCUCCUGCAAGGGAAGACUACAACAUUUCAUAAUGGGUAUGAUUCAGUACUUCAGAUCGUCUCAAUAACUUUGUCUUUCUCCCUUUUUUUAAAGAUAUUGACUUUGAUGUAUCUGGCCUGUUCACUCCCCCAUCAGACAUUAAAGAUAGAGAUGUCUCCGCAGCAGAAGAACCCGCAUCUUUGCUUCUCUCUGCUGAACCAGCUUCACCACGGCCCGGAGAAAGGCAAGUAGUAUAAGCAUAUGUUUUGUCACAGUUUUUCCUGGAACUGUGAGAUACGUUUGUUUAUAUAGAGCCACCCAGGCACAAAGUGCUUUACAAAGAUCUGGCAGGUCUCUACUUCAAGGAGCUACAAUUCUAUGAUAUAGAAGCAGCUUUAGUAACACAACGAAGCAUUAAUCAUGCUCUGGCUCCAACCUGUCAAUGCCCUACCCUCUGCUAGAUUUAGUAAGCCAGGAGGGACAGGGGUCAAGAAGGCAUGCGGUUGGGCAUAUAGCUCUUGAAACACACAGCCCAUCUAGCCUGGUGCUAGACUGAGUACCCAGGUGGACACAGCUGAGUUUGGUUGGAGCCAUUCAGCUCACCCAACCAAGUCUUAAUAAUACAUGCCAACCCCUUCAUUCAUGAUCAAGCUGUAGAUGAGCAUCGUCUUAUUAUGGAUUGACAUGGCAUCCAGUAACAGCACCACCAAACUAGAGGGCUCAACAUAAAGAGAAGCCUAUAGUGGGAGAGUUUGCUCAGCUGCUCAAAUCCGUUUGAGAAAUCCAGCCUACACACACACACUCGUGUCUUUUUUAGCCAAGAGAUCAGACUACAAACAGCUUACAAGCCUUUUACCAACUGACAGGAAAAAUUUUGAGGCGACCCCUGGAACAGUACUCUCAAAGGUGACCCAACCUUCUACUGAAGCUGCAGUCUCUUUGCCUACUCCUGUUCCUGCUGAGGAUGCUUCGAGGAAGUGUAAGUCUUGUUCUUAUGGGUGCUUCUGUAGGAACUGUUUGCUCCAGAAUAAGCUCUGUCAGCCUGUGCAGCUCUUCUGGGGAAUCCAGAUGACAUUGCUCUCAAACUGUAUUUGUGUGCUCUCCCCCUGCCAGGCCCCCACACACACUUGGCAUCAAAUGUGAUUGCAGCACUAUCCUUACACUAGUGGAGCUCCUUUUUGCAGGAGAAUAUUCUGUGAAACAAGUAGUAUCAUUGCCUGGGGACUGGGUGCUUCCAGGUGGGUGGUGAUUUAGGAAUGGGCACUGCUCAUGCAUUCUAGGGUGCUUCCAGACAGGGGUUUAAUUUGCAGGCACACCAUUGGCAACAAGCUUUUUUACUUAUUGGGUUUUCCCUGGAAAGGGUAAAUUUGAUUCCCGGUGGUGCUAAUGAUGUCAUGUGGACCCACUGCAAAAAAAACCUUGCAUGCAUGAAGAGACUCCAUCGCCUAAUAAACCCACAUCUGGAAGCAAUCUGAUUUUUUUUAACAUAGUCCACACAACAGUUGUAGGAAUAAAAAAUGCCAGUUCAUAUUUCCCCCCAUUAAAUCCAAAUUGCCCUUUCCCAGGAAAAAUCUGUGAUUUGUGAUCUCUGAUUGACCCAUUUGCAAUAUUGACCACCCCCACUUGAAGCACCCAGUCUCUUCUUCCACACCUUACUUUUUCCACACCUUAACACAUUGCAUUGCUUGUUAGCAUAUCUGUCAUUUGCUUUCCUGCAACAUGGUCCCUUCCACCAUUAACAUUUUCCCACUUUUUUUCCUUUGGCACAGAAGAGCAAUAGCUCUUCAAAACAUAUAAAUCAUAAUGUUUUAUUAUGAAUGUGUUAAACAAUGAUUGAAAAUCUGCACAGCUUACAAAGCCUUUUCCCUACUGUCAGGAAACUUGUGAUUCUAGAUGACAAACUUUUGCAACAGUGAUUAAUUGUUGUAGCUCUUUUUGUCAACGUGGUUGGAAACAAUGGCUGCUUACAUCACAAGUUUGUAGUGCAGUUGGGGAUAGCCGGACAUAAUAAGUUUCAAUAAACUUUUCAGGUUGUAGUUAUGCUUUGCACCAUUUUAAUCUACUUCUUUUUCAUAAUCAUCACCAUUAUUGUGAAGAGCUACAUUGUGCAGUGGAACUCUUGUGCAUGGCUUGCUCCUGUAGCAAUGUACCAGAGUUGAGAUCCAGCCACCAGUGUUGUGCCUUUUGUUUAUGCCAGGGAUGGGGAAGGUAUUGGACUCCCAUCAGCCACAGCCAGCCUCACCAAUAGCCAGGGACAAUGGGAGAUGGAGAGCCACAGCUUCUCCCAUUGCCAAAUUAUGCAUUUGUGAUGUGGAUGGGAAUGCUGUUAGUGGAGGAAAUAACUCACCGUGUGGAUCCACAGUUUCCACAUUCAGGCGACCAGAGAAAAGCAUUAUUUGUGCAAUGUUGCAAGGCCGUAGUGUGGAAGCAGGCUGUGCCUCUGGAUUUCUGUUGCCUGCACAAGUGGUUUGGGGGCUAGGGACUUGAUCUACGGCCUGCUUGUAAGGAAAUCAUAGCUUUUCAGAGGAAUUGGAGAGAAUCCUUAGAAGGGAAUCUUAAUUCCAAACUUGCAAAAAUACACUUGAGGACAAGCACUGGUAGGAGAAGAAAUGUGGAGGGGUGUGAGGUGCAGAGCUGCUGUGCAGAGAGACCAUAUAGAUAACAGGUGACAUCCGCAAGGCAAAAAUUCUCAGAACCUGGAUUUUGUUUCAUUGUUUUGCUUUGCAGCAAAGCGAGUUGCUCCACCCCGACCCACGGUGCCUCCGCCCAUAGCCCAGCCUCGAACCCCACCUCCUGUGCAGCUUCAGACCCAGCCUCCUGCACCAGACUCUCCUUCUCUCCCUAAAGCAAUGCCUCGAAGAACCGUCGGAGGAAGCGUGCGAGCUCCCUCUGUCCCUCCACCACUUCCACCCCAGCCAGUCAGGCGUCAGAGUCGCAAUGCGUCCCCAUCCCCGAAGCCUCCUUCAGAAAGCAGGACCAACGAGGCAGAUGAAGCACCUCUUUCUCUUCCUGGCGACAGCAGCAUAGAAACAUCCAAGGAAUCCCUCCCUGUGACAAUGGGGCCCAGUGAACCCCCACCUGUAGAAAGAAGCAGCUCUCCAUCUGCACCGGAUCUGGAGGUUGAUGCUCAGGAAAAUAAUGAAGAAGGAGCUGCAGCGUAAGGAAGGAAAAGGUGCAUGAUCAGGUGUGACCCUGGGCACAUCACACAAAGCUCUUGUGGGGACAUAGAGGUGCCAUAUUGACAUCUGUCAUUAUUGUGGCUUGGAAACCAGCACUCGCGUCUGCAACCUCAAAAGCAAUCUCUCUUCUUCCAUGUGCCUCUGCUUCUUGCUGCCUUUUCCACUAUUCAUGAAUGGCUCUUUUCCUACUUUGUAUUAUUUUGAACUCUCCUCCUGGUACUCCUCUGACCUUUCCCAAGCAGCAUUCAGAUGCAAAGCCAGAGACAUUUAAAAAAAAAUCCUUCCAGCAUGUAGUUAAGUUGCACUGUAUAACCUUGUUCUUGAUGCAAUAGUUCAUUCCAAGCUGAGAGCAUUCAAACAUAUGAUUCACUUCCCCCCACUGCUGUGUGAUGUGGUACCGUCCAGAAUUCUUCCUUUCCGUCUAAUGCUCCAUUCUGUAUAAUGUGCAGAUCUGCUUUUUUGUGCUUCUAAUGUCUUUGCUUUUUUUCCCCCCUUGAAGAGAAUUCAGAACCUCAACAAAUCCUAACAGGGUGUGUCCACUUGAUUCCAGUUGCCCUACAUCCCACCUUAGCUCAGUCUCAGGGAUUAUUCUGUCCUUUUACAGUGAUUGCUAGGGAUGUGAUUGGUAGAGAGGGUGGGCCAUUUGAAAAUCAACCCUAUGUAUAUCCAGGUUAUGUGCGAUAUUUUUAGUUAUUUUUUAUAAGGGCAGCAGGUGCAGCACAAUAAAAAUCAAAAGUGCAGGCCAAAACACAAUUGUCAGCUGUGGACUCCAAAAAGGAUCUUGGACCUUGAAGAACUAAUGGAACUAAUUUUACGUGCAGCUUUUCGCAUCAUAGAACUGUAGUAACGCUAGAAGCUGUCACCAAUAGACUCCUCCUUUUGGCCGCUCUUUAAAGGUAGAGGCUUGAUCCUAGUUACAGUCAGUGUAUGUAUUCUCACUGUGGAGAGCCUAGAUUCAGGGCUUGUUCACGUAUGCACGCACAUCGCUUUGUUUCUCUAUGCAAUUAUUGGCAGAUAAAUGUGUGAGCACCAUAACUAACGCCCAUUUUGUUUGAGCUGAUCUGAAAAUUUGUCUGGACUUUGCCACACAAUACCACAAUCGCACAUGCAAGUAUUCAAGUGCAAAUGUGUAUUUGAACCACUCCUGAGUUUGAAGAUGGAUGAGUGAAGGAUAGUGGACUUCCCACCUUAUAUUCUGGAUGAGCUUUUUGCUGCAGGCACACCUGCCCUGCAACCUUUAACCUUGGCUUCUCCAAGAAAGUGUAUAGCAGUAGUUAUGUAAUAAGACUUUGAAAGAGAUGUGUAGUACCCCAUUUAAGGAACUACAGUUCUCAGGAUCUUUUGGGAGAGGACAAUUAAGCUCAUUUACAUUUGCAAUGCAGACAUGACCUAAUAAACUCUUCACAUGGGUUUCCUUAGUGACCACUUAUUUUUAUACAUAGCUGGUAAAUUAUUUUUUAACUGUACGGUCAUAUUUAUGGCUGAGAGAAGGAGCACGUUCCUUCAUUUUUUAAAGAAUGUGUCUGCUUUGCUUGUGUCAGAGAUAAACUGAACUCCUGGAUAGUUCUUGAGAAAAUCCUGCAAAAUGACAAGAGUGCUCUGUGGCAUCUUAAGGUUUUAAUAAAUAUAUUGCAGCAUGCAUUUUCAUGGUCCAGAGUCCUAUUCACCAGAUGCAAUUUAUUAAAUACAGUAUUUUUAUUGCUUUUUGUCUUUAGAGAUUUGCAGCUCUUUCUCUUGCCUUCACACAAAAGAGUUUUGUUUGUAUCAUCAAAUACUGUAGAGUCUCUUACUAUUGUCGUGUGUUGCUUUAAAUGUAUACGGCAUAAGCUUUCGUGGGAUAAAGUCAACUUCAUAAGAUGCUUCUCAUGGAGUAGACUUCAGCUUUGGGGAUGAUUGCCAUACUUUUUAGCCUUCAAGGUGACCACAAGUCUCUUCAUAGUUUUUUCUACAGCAAGCUGACGGAGGUACUAACCCUCUGCAAAUUCCCACAAUAGCAUUACUUCUGUUGUGCAAAAAACCAGGAAUAUUUGCCUUCUUUGAUGGUGCAAUUCCCCAUUAUUUCUCUGAAAUUUAAAAACACUGAAUCUUCUACAAUGCAAAUCAUAUUGGCACUUGUGGGAGAGGUAUCCCCCCCCCCAUAUUCACUGAGCAGAGAUGUGUCACCUUUCUGCAGAGAAGAGAGCACCAGAGUCUUACAAUGAUGACUCCGUUAAAAUAAAUUUAUUUAUAAAUUGAUAGGACAAAAAGGACACACACCACUGCAGGUGUUGCUAGUUGCAGAACCCAGCAAACCACGAGCAAGCACACAGCUGUUUCUGUGUAUAAAUAAUCCAGUCAGCUCACUCACCAAGCUGCAGUCAUGUGCACGCUUUUCCAGAAAAUCACUUUGCAUUCUGUCACACGAUAAAGGCAAACAGGGUGAAGGGCAUUCUGCACAAAAUUAUUGUCCACAUGAUCAAUCUGAAUGGAUCUCAGGGGUGCAGGGGGAGGGGAGGGACAGGGACAAGGAAGCAGUUCCCACACUGCAUGCAUUCAAGAUUUAACUUUGUGCUAUGUUGUUUAGAUAUACGGGAAGAUCAGCUAAGAUUUGGAUUUUUUGAGAGUCCAGAUGAAACCAGUGGUUAAUAACAGAAUUUGUAAAUCAAGCUGCAAUCUUAUACGGCAAGGAUAGGAAAACUCCAGGGCCAAGGCUGACUAUGGUCCUUGGGGACACGCCCCAAAAGACACCCCCACCAACCCUCUUUAAUGCUUUCGCCUAGCUGGAAUGUAUAGUUGAAAUGUGAAUAAUGCAUCUUUUCUGUCUGUAUGAAAGGUGUGUGUGUGUGUGUGUGUGUGUGUGUGUGUGUGUGUGUGUAGCUAGGAAUUGCUGGCUUUUGUGUGGCUAGAACCCGUGGCAUGUGAUUCUCCUAAGGGACUGCAGCCCUCUGGCUGAAAAAAAGUUCACCACCCCAGCUAUACUCUCUUACCUAGUAGUAAGUCUCAUUUAAUUCAAGAAGUUAAGUACUUCAGACAUGAAUAUGAUUGUAUUCUCAAUGUUGCUAACUUCUCUUUAGUGCUCCGAACAGACAAGAUCUAUUGUGCUUGGUUUUCAUUAAAUCUCCAUAAAUUACAGACCCAAGAGUGGUUGGCCAGGAUCAUGUUUUAUUUAUCCUUAAUGCUGCUACUUUAGAUAUAGUCAUGCUUAUUCAAUUGCAGCUGGAUAAAAUUCAGAUGCCCUCUUAAUAGGAGCAGUGAAUCUGUUUUAUGGUGGAGGCUUCAUUUCCCGAUAUCUCAAUUUGUGGUGGGACCACUUGUCAGCCAUAGGCAGGGUGAGUAGAUGGAUCAAUUCCUUUUCUUCCACCCAGCUGCUAGUGAAAAGCCAUUUAUUUGUCUUUUGCUUAUAGAGGGCGAAAGCCAGGUAGGCAUCCACAGGACUUCAGUUCUGCCAGGAGAAGGACGAAGGGGAAGUUCUGAAGGACCUCGCAGCCACCCCUCGACUUGAGCCCAUGCCACACUUCUCAGGCACAUUCCUGAAGUGUAGGCAGGUUCCCACAAGGCAAGACGCAGUGAUGACAGCAAGAACCUUUAUUGAACUACAUAACUGGGGAACAGGGGUAAAGCAGCUGCUUAUAUACAUUCCUGAAAGUCUGGGCCACUCCCACUCACAACAUGAUUGGCCGUCUAAACUUCCAAGCUGCGAAUCAUGACUCAAGAGUUCAAGGACCAAUGGCAGAGGCCCAAAUCCUGAAGUGGACAUCAUGUAUUGAAUCAGAA